GGGCACUUCCGUUUGGGGACUGAGGUUGCUGCAGUUUUUCCGCGACAGUUUGGGUCAGUUCCGCGCCUUGCGGACCGUUCUGAAUUUCCUGGACCUAUGCAUUGGAUCCUCAACCAACUGGCGAUCGAAUUAGGGGAAAAGGGGCCUCGUCGCAGAGCAGAGGCACAAUUCUGCUUUUCCAGGAACUGCAUCACUCAGGACUCUGCAAGUUUCCAGAAGUAAGAAGGAAAAUGACCAUGUUCAAGGAGGCAAUGACUUUCAAGGACGUGGCUGUGGUCUUCACUGAAGAGGAGCUGGGGCUGCUGGACCUUGCCCAGAGGAAGCUGUACCAGGAUGUGAUGCUGGAGAACUUCAGGAACCUUCUCUCAGUGGGACAUCAAGCAUUCCACAGGGAUACUUUCCACUUCCUAAGGGAAGAAAAGAUUUGGAUGAUGAAGACAGCAACCCAAAGAGAAGGGGAUUCAGGAGACAAGAUCCAAACUGAGAUGGAGACUAUUUCAGAAGCAGGAACAGAUCAAGAGUGGUCCUGCCAGCAAAUCUGGGAAAAAAUUGCAAGUGAUUUAACCAGGUCUCAAGACUUGGUGAUAAAUAGCUCUCAGUUCUCCAGAGAAGGUGAUUUCCCCAGCCAGUCUGAGGCAGGACUAUCUGUAAUUCACACAAGACAGAAAUCUUCCCAGAGCAAUGGAUAUAAACAGUCCUUCAGUGAUGUCUCCAUCUUUGAUUUCCAUCAACAAUUACACUCAGGAGAGAUGUCUCAUACAUGUGAUGAGUGUGGAAAAAGCUUCUGUUACAUCUCAGCCCUUCGUAUUCAUCAGAGAGUCCACCUGGGAGAGAAACGCUACAAGUGUGACGUGUGUGGUAAGGAAUUCAGUCAGAGCUCACGUCUGCAAACUCAUCAGAGAGUCCACACUGGAGAGAAACCAUUCAAAUGUGUGGAAUGUGGGAAAGGCUUCAGUCGUAGAUCAGCGCUUAAUGUUCAUCAUAAAUUACACACAGGAGAGAAACCUUAUAAUUGUGAGGAAUGCGGGAAGGCCUUCAUUCACGAUUCCCAGCUUCAAGAACAUCAGAGAAUCCAUACUGGGGAGAAGCCAUUCAAAUGUGAUAUAUGUGGUAAGAGCUUCUGUGGUAGAUCAAGACUUAAUAGGCAUUCCAUGGUUCACACGGGAGAGAAACCAUUCCAAUGUGAUACGUGUGGUAGGAGCUUUCGUCAGAGAUCAGCACUUAAUAGUCAUCUUAUGAUCCACACAGGAGAGAAACCAUACAAAUGUGAGGAGUGCGGAAAAGGCUUUAUUUGCAGGCGAGAUCUUUAUACACAUCAUAUGGUUCACACGGGAGAGAAGCCAUAUAAUUGUAAAGAUUGCGGGAAGAAUUUCAGAUGGGCCUCGUGUCUUUUGAAACAUCAGCGAGUCCACAGUGGAGAAAAACCCUUCAAAUGUGAAGAAUGUGGUAAAGGAUUUUAUACAAAUUCACAAUGUUAUUCCCACCAGAGAUCCCAUAGUGGAGAAAAACCAUACAAAUGUGUGGAGUGUGGGAAGGGCUACAAAAGGAGGUUGGAUCUUGACUUUCACCAGCGCGUCCAUACAGGAGAGAAACUGUAUAAUUGUAAGGAAUGUGGGAAGAGCUUUAGUCGGGCCCCAUGUCUUUUGAAACAUGAGAGACUCCACAGUGGAGAAAAACCAUUCCAAUGUGAAGAGUGUGGGAAGAGGUUUACUCAAAAUUCACAUCUUCAUUCCCAUCAGAGAGUCCACACUGGAGAAAAGCCAUACAAAUGUGAGAAGUGUGGAAAGGGCUACAACAGUAAGUUUAAUCUUGAUAUGCACCAGAAGGUCCACACAGGAGAGAGACCAUAUAAUUGUAAAGAAUGUGGGAAGAGUUUUGGCUGGGCCUCGUGUCUUUUGAAACAUCAGAGACUGCACAGUGGAGAAAAACCAUUCAAAUGUGAAGAGUGUGGGAAAAGAUUUACUCAGAAUUCACAGCUUCAUUCUCAUCAAAGAGUGCACACUGGAGAAAAGCCAUACAAAUGUGAUGAGUGUGGGAAGGGCUUCAGAUGGUCCUCAACUCGUCUGACCCAUCAGAGACGCCACAGCAGGGAAACACCUCUCAAAUGUGAGGAGCAUGGGAAGAACAUUGUACGGAAUUCAUUCUCUAAAGUCCUAGAAAAAGUUCACAGUGUAGAAAAGCCAUACAAAUGUGAGGACUGUGGGAAGGGCUACAACAGGCGCUUGAAUCUUGAGGUGCAUCAGAGGGUCCACGUGGGAGAGAAAACAUGGAAGUGUCAGGAGUGUGAUAUGUGCUUUAGUCGGGCCUCAAGUCUUCAGCUUCAUCAGAACGUUCAUGUUGGAGAAAAACCUUAGUGAUGUGAUGGUGCGAUAAAGUCUUCACUCAGUCUUCAUGAAUGCAAUCUCAUCUGAAAGUUCACAAAGGAGAGAAACAUUAAAAUAUGAGGCACAUAGUAAGCACUUCCCUUUGAGUACUUUAUCUCUGAAUCCAUGCUGAUGAUAAAUUUCACCCAUUCUUGGAAGAGGUAAAACCUUUGUUUAAGAUAACAUCAGUGCUUCAACCAUAACUCAGCAUGCCCCAGUAGUCUCAGGACCACUAUAGUGGAGAAUCCUUGUAAAUGGUGCAAUAAAGCUUCAUUCAGAAGUUUGAUAAUUACAGCUAUCAUUCAGGAGACAGGCCUUAGAAAGAGUAAGAGUUCAUGAAUUUGCUGAACUCUAACGGUGGACAUGCCAAAAUUGACGUCCGCUAGAAUGUAAGCUACAUGUGUCUUUCUUUACUGCUAAAUCGUCACAGCCUUAACAUUGAUUAGCACUUGGUAUGUGUUCAGUACUUGUUUGUCAAAUCAUGAAAGGAUAAAACAUAUGUAUGGAUUUGGAUACAAUUUUAUGUAUCCAAAAAGGGAAGCCUGCAAAAAAUAAUUCUGGGAAACAUGAGUUGAAAUGCAGAGUAAACUCAGUACUGCAAUCCAUAGCAAUAUUUUGAAUGUUAUUAUUUUUUCCUUUUAAUUUUUUUCUUGAUCAGAUUUAUAAUAUUCAUUGAAUAUUAUUUUAUUGCACUUGGCUCCUGACUUCCCCCCAUCCUGUGUUCUUAAGUUGGAUUAUUAUUUGUGCCUCUAUCAAAUGUUCAUUGCUUUAUACGGCAUAAAUUUAACCGUCUUUUGUAGUUUUUCUCACAGUAUAGACUGAAAAGGUUUGGUUAAUUUUGCAGUGACAGGCCACUGCAUAUUUUACAAUUAAGUGUUCUCAACAGUAUUAAGGCAAGAUUUACAGUAACACUUUUAAAGUGCCAGAUGUACAUUGACAGAAAUUUUCUUAGUCAAUCCUAGAUUGAUCAUGAUUUGUGAUUUCUAUGCAGGCCUUGGUAUGAUUGCCUUUUAAUUGCUGUACAACUUCUUUUUUUUUUCUGGUAUAAAAUAUUCUAAAUUUGAAGGACAACUUUUGUCAACUUUCUUAUCCAAUAUUCUUCCACCAACCCUAUGAAACAGGAAGAGAAACUUAAUGGAGUUUGGUAAUUUCAUCAAAUAUAUUCAUUAUUGGGGCAGGAAUAACACUUAAAUCCUCCUCUUUAUUGCUGGCAGUAAAAACAUGUCUUUUGGAGAGCAGAACAUGUCAGAAUGUAUAAGGUGCAACUGUUUGAUAUGAAAACCAUAGGUUAGGAAAUUAUGCCUAUGACACUAAAACUCCAAAAAGUAGAAGACCACAUUGAUGUCACUCCAUUUUAAAAUGGAAAGAACAAGUGUUCAAGAACAGGAAUUUGUGUGAAUUGCAUUUAUUCCUAUAAUAACAUGAAAUCAAUGAGAUGAUGACAUAGACACAAUAACAAAA